AUGGCGACAGCCUCAGUAGCACCGCCUACUGUAAGGCCAGCAUCCGACCAAAUUCAGGGAAUUCGGUCGGAGGACUGGCCCGAGGAAAUUAAUGUUAUCGGAUCGCAUGAGAGCGACGAGCGAAUGCGAUUCACUGGCGAUGGACUGAACACUGGCGUUCGAGUUUUAGGCGAUGGGCGCUUGGAUAUUCGAAUUAACGAGCGCAAACCCAGUAUAGCAGGAUUGCUCAAUCUUCAGCGCACUCCUAUGCUAUCCGAGCUCGAACAUGUGGAAGAAGUGGACAGCGCCGCAGCAAUUCCCAAGGAGCAUGAAGUGGAGUUUCCGUUGCACCUCAAUAUCGUCAUCCAAGUUAUCGGCUCACGCGGAGAUAUCCAGCCGUUCCUCGCGCUCGGAAAAGAAUUAAAGGCACAUGGCCACCGAGUCCGACUUGCGACACACCUGGCCUUCAGGGAAUUCAUUCUCGAUGGUGGCCUGGAAUUUUUCAAUAUUGGUGGUGAUCCAGCGGAGUUGAUGGCAUUUAUGGUCAAGAACUCGGGGCUGCUUCCCAAUAUGAGCUCGAUCCGGAGCGGCGCAAUCCAAAGACGUCGUCGCGAGAUGAAAGAGAUAUUUAAUGGGUGUUGGAGAUCGUGCUAUGAGACAGGCGAUGGCACAAAUCUGCACCAGAUUAAGGAUGACCCGUGGAGCGAUACCAUCGACUAUCGUCGGCGCCCAUUUGUUGCAGAUGUCAUCAUCGCCAAUCCACCAAGCAUGGCACAUAUUCAUUGCGCGGAAAAAUUGGGCGCGCCCCUUCAUAUGAUUUUCACCAUGCCAUGGACACCCACACAAUCCUUCCCACAUCCCCUUGCUGUGAUUCAUCAACAAGACUGCAAACCGACUGUUGCAAAUUUCGUCUCCUAUGCUAUCGUGGACAUGAUGAUCUGGGAAGGCCUUGGGGAUAUCGUUAACAGACUUCGUCGCAAUGUCUUGACUUUGGACGUGUUGGAUAGUAUCACCGCGCCAAGCUUGGUCCAUCGAUUAGGAAUUCCUUGUUCAUAUCUUUGGUCCCCGGCCCUUCUUCCCAAACCAAAAGACUGGGGUGACCACAUUGACAUUUGCGGCUUUAGCUUUCUCCCUUCCAAGCCUGACUAUACGCCCCCAGAUGAGAUUGCACGAUUUCUCGAGGCGGGACCAACACCUAUAUAUAUCGGAUUUGGUUCCAUUGUCGUCGAUGAUCAGAUUAAGUUGACCAAAAUUGUCUUCGAGGCAGUGCAAAAAUCUGGACAGCGUGCCAUCGUGUCAAAGGGCUGGGGCAAUCUUGGCGUGGACAAGGUCGAUGUCCCUGAAAAUAUCCUCAUCAUUGGAAGCUGCCCCCAUGACUGGCUGUUCCGCCAGGUCUCAUGUGUGACCCAUCAUGGUGGUGCUGGUACCACUGCUGCAGGGCUCGCACUUGGACGCCCGACCAUCGUCAUUCCGUUUUUUGGUGAUCAGCAAUUCUGGGGAGAUAUUGUGGCAAGGGCCGGUGCCGGCCCAUCCCCUAUUCCACACAAACAGUUAACUGUGGAGAAGCUGAGCAAUGCGAUCGAGUUCUGUUUGAAAGAAUCGACUCUGGAAAAGGCUCAAACGAUUGCGAAGAAAAUGGAAAAUGAAUCCGGAGUGCGCGACGGUGUACGCAGCUUUCAUCGCCAGCUUGACCUCCGAGCGCUAAGAUGCGCCAUCUGUCCAUCCCGCCCUGCUGUAUGGCAUUUGAAGCAUACAAACCUCGGAUUCAGUGCAUUCGCAGCUUCUGUUCUCGUGGAAAUGGGGAGGCUUAAGCCGGAGGAGCUAGUUUUACAUCGACCAAUGGAGUAUGAUACCUAUCGCGAUCCAGUUGGACCUCUCAGCGCAAGCGCUCAGGUUCUUUUUGGAGCGAUCGCGAACUUCGUGACGGGGCUUGCUGAUGUUCCUACCGAAAUGGUCAGCGAUCUUAUUUCAGCGGGUCGUGCCAUGGGCAACCCUCGCGAACGCGUUGACCUGCAUUCCAAAUGGCGUGUGCGCAAACCCUCUCACGGGGCAGGCCUUGAAAGUGAUGGAUCCCAGGGCAGUGGCGGGAACGAGCGAGCGGAGGCACCUACCCAAACUACCAGGCGAGAUGCCCAUGAGAACUCAGGUGAAGAUCUUCCAGGAGAGGAAGAAUCUGCAGGGGAGGAAUCCCAGGGCCGUGUGGGGGAUGUGCGAGAGGCGGUGCCAGCCCAAACUGCCACGCGAGAUCUCCAUGAGGCCUCUUCUGAAGAUCUCCCUGACGAAGAAGACGACGAAGGGAUGACCAGUACCGAAAGUGACCUGAACGCAACAGACCUCCUCCCGGAUGAAGCGAUGCAGAGGAAACGUAGUCUUCAACUCGAAAAAAUGCCAACGAUGAGCACCGAAAUUGCUCCCUCGAGAUCGCAUAAUGUGUUCUCUGAAGCAGCCAGCCAUGGCAGCAGGAUGUCGAAGAAACUCGUCAAUACCCUCAUUUGGUUACCCACCGACCUUACACUCAGUCUUUCUAAAGGAUUCCAUAAUGCGCCAAAAUUAUACCAUGACCCAAUGGUGAAGUCCACGCCUAAGGUUCAUGGUCUGCGCAGCGGCUUCCGGGCGGCUGGAAAGGAAUUCCGUGACGGCUUCUACUAUGGUUUCACAGGGCUGGUCACGCAGCCUCGAUAUGGCUUCAAGCACCACGGUACUACGGGGAUGCUCAAGGGGGUGGGGAAAGGCAUUGGUGGGGCUUUCCUCAAGCCCUCUGCAGGGCUCUGGGGACUAGCAGGGUAUCCCUUAAGUGGGUUGCGCCGGAAACUCUUUGACUCGCUGGGAAAGUCCAAAGAAGGGCAAAUUAUUAUAUCCCGCAUUGCCCAAGGGCAUGAAGAAAUGCGGGCCUCUUCGGCUGAUGAGAGAGCGGAGGUGGCCAGGAAGUGGAUGUUGAUUGAAGAGACGCUCAAGAAGGCCAAGAGAACCAGCAAACGCUGCAGUGCGCAUUCUACGCAUACUACUAACAACGUACCUCACAUACCCCAAAUAGUUACACCGGCCUAA